CUGCUGGAGAACUGUUGUUUCUCGGUGUUUAGGUGGCAGGUCAUAAUACCAUCAGACAGCAUUUCCCUGUCCUCUCGGAGGCAGCAGCAGUUCGGAGUUUUCCCCGGCCAUGCUCACUCUGCAGGUGGGCGGGAGGAGCUACAGUGGCCGUACCCCCUCCACGGGUCCGGGCAGGGUGCUGUGUGCCGGGGCUGCACCUCACCACAGCGGCCUACUCCCAGUUCCACGGGGACUUGCAGGUCAUUUACGGAGUUGAUUUUCCUUAUUAUCUGCCACAUGCACGUCUUCAUUUACAGUUCUUCCAUGCCAAUGACUCCGUGACCGGUUUCUAUGUUGUAGUCUCACGACACUGAAGAACAUCGAGGAUUCCCAGCCUCUCCUUUGCCUCACUGCCCACCCUGGCAGCGGCUGUCCUCGGUGGGCAGGGCGCGGUUCGGUGAGGUGCGCCGGGACAGCGAGAGGCAAGGGCAAAAUCAAAGCAGUCCCGAGCACCCCUGCCCAGGCCUGAAGCCCGAACCCGUGAAGUAGGUGCGGGGCUCGGGCCGUACCCACGCCGAGGGCUGCGGCCUCGGGGCGGCUCGGCGGGUGGGCAGCGCGGGCUGAGACCGCCUCCUGCCCACCCGCGGAGAGGACCUGUCCCGACUGAGCUUUCUCAGGGCCGGUGUCUCCGCGCCGCCGCCGGACGCGCUGGGUCCCGCCUCGCCCCGGUGCCAUCGAGCGCGGACGCGCUGGCGCCACAGCGGCACCGGAAGCGGCUGCCGGAAGCGGCCUCUCCGUCCCGCGGGGCCAUGGCGGCAGGCGGCCCCUGAGGCGCCGCCAUGUACUCGGGUGCCGCCGCCGCCGCCGCGGGAUCGCCGCGCCGGGACUUCAUCUUCGUCACUCUCGGCCCAGAGGAGGUGGUCGGGGUCGGUGGCUACAACAACAGCAAGGCUUGGCGGCGGCGCUCCUGCUGGCGGAAAUGGAAGCAGCUGUCCCGACUCCAGCGGAGUGUCAUUCUCUUCCUGUUUGCAUUCUUGGCAGUGUGUGGAGUAAUUUCGUACACAAGCAUGGGGGAAACAUGGAAAAGUAUGACAAACAAAUCAUUGGAUGAUCAGAGAACAACAGAACAAGAAAUGCCUAGAUUGAAGCUGGCAAAUCCAGCUGUUCUACCAGCACCCCAGAAAGCAGAUGCCAACCAUGGAGACUACCCUGAACUUUCACUGCAGAAGCCACCAAAACCACCUCAUGUUCAUCGUGGUCCUUCCAAUCUUCAGAUCAAGGCACCACGGAGAGACACGAGGCUGAAGACCCGACACGAUACCAUGAGGGCUGUAGAAGAGCUGGUCAAAGCAGAUAAAAUAGAGAAAACAGAGAAAUCCAUUAUCAGCUGGAGAGGAGCAGUGAUAGAACCUGACCAAAGCACUGAACCUCCAUCCAGUAAAAUAACGGAACUAGAAAAACCUUCAUCUGUGGCAGCUGAAGACCAGAAAGAACCAGUGCCCAUCAAUGAGCGCCAGCUGGCUGUGAUUGAAGCCUUCCGCCAUGCCUGGAAAGGGUACAAGGAUUUUGCCUGGGGCCAUGAUGAGCUGAAGCCUUUGUCCAAGUCCUACAGCGAGUGGUUUGGACUUGGGCUUACCUUAAUUGACGCCUUGGAUACCAUGUGGAUUUUAGGCUUAAAAGAAGAGUUUGAAGAAGCAAGAAAAUGGGUAGCAAAUGAUUUAGUAUUUGAUAAAAAUGUGGAUGUGAACCUAUUUGAGAGCACUAUCCGUAUCCUGGGUGGCUUGCUGAGCACCUACCACCUCUCUGGAGAUAGCCUUUUCCUGGAAAAAGCUAAAGACAUUGGAAACAGGCUUAUGCCAGCAUUCAAGACACCCUCCAAGAUACCUUAUUCUGAUGUCAACAUUGGUCGGGGCACUGCACAUCCCCCUCGCUGGACAUCUGACAGCACUGUGGCAGAGGUGACCAGCAUUCAGUUGGAGUUCAGGGAGCUCUCUCGUCUGACUGGAGAUGAGAAAUUCCGGAAGGCUGUAGAUGAGGUGAUGAAGCAUGUUCACAUCCUCUCAGGGAAAAACGAUGGCCUCGUGCCUAUGUUCAUCAAUACCAACAGCGGGCAGUUCACCCACCUGGGGGUCUACACUCUGGGAGCCAGAGCUGACAGCUACUAUGAGUAUCUGCUCAAGCAGUGGAUUCAGGGUGGAAAGAAAGAAAAUGAGCUGUUGGAAGACUAUGUGAGAGCCAUAGAAGGAGUGAAAAAGCAUCUUCUUCAGAGAUCAGAACCCAAGAAGCUUACUUUUGUAGGAGAGCUUGCUCAUGGCCAUUUCAGUGCCAAGAUGGAUCACUUGGUUUGCUUCUUGCCGGGUACUUUAGCACUGGGAGCUCACAAUGGACUGGCUGCUGACCAUAUGAAAUUGGCUGAAACUCUUAUAGAAACCUGCUACCAGAUGUAUGCUCAAGUAGAGACAGGCCUGAGUCCAGAGAUUGUACACUUCAACCUCCAUGCACAGAAGGGCCACAAGGAUGUAGAAAUCAAGCCUGCAGACAGGCACAAUUUAUUGCGACCAGAAACUGUGGAAAGCCUUUUUUAUAUGUACAGAUUCACUGGUGAUAAGAAAUACCAAGACUGGGGCUGGGAAAUCUUGCAGAAUUUCAACAGAUACACCAGGGUUCCUACAGGUGGUUAUACUUCUAUUAACAAUGUUCAGAAUCCCAGUAAUCCAGAGCCACGGGAUAAAAUGGAGAGCUUCUUCCUUGGGGAAACACUCAAAUACAUGUUUCUGCUAUUCUCAGAUGACAUAGACUUAAUCAACCUUGACAAAUACAUCUUUAACACAGAGGCUCAUCCACUCCCUAUCUGGGUACCAGCAUAGACUCUACAACAAUGGAUCUUCCAGUGGUGGCAUCUUUAUCUUCAAGUCACUUUACUUUUCAGGGUUUGAGGAGAGAUGCUAUAAUGCACCUUUUUUUGACUUCAAACAACAGACAAAAGCUUGGGAAAAGCAUCUCUGGUUUGAAGAAGUCACAUCAGUCUUAAAUCUUAUCUCUGGUUCUGGGAUGGGCAAAGAUGUGCCCCAUGAAGCUGGUUUCCCUGGUGCUGGUGAUGAGGUUCAGAAGGUAAUUGUAGUGUGGACCAUGACAUUUUCGGGGCUCUGAUGGCCCACUUAACUGAUGACUCACUUAUGUCAGUGUUACUAAAUGCUCAUUAAAUACUGAGAAUGCAGCGAAUUGGCUUAGGGCACAGUGUUGUUCCUAGAGAGCAGGAAUAAGCCUCCAGUUUUCUGGUUUAUUCUGGAUUCACUGAAACACUGGAUUACAGAGCCAUUCCUUUGUCAGACUGUGACAGUGGUUCAGGUGCAAAGUGGAAUAAACAAAAAGCUGUAGUGCUGUCCCAGGGAGAAGCUGUCAGUAUUGCUGCUGGUACUCUGAUCUCAUUCCAAACUCCCGAGAUAUGCUGCAUCAUGUUAGGAGAAGAAAGAGGCAGCAGAGCAGCUGUUGUAUAAUGUCUUAGUUUUGUAGAGCACUUGGAACAGUAUUCAAGUUGUGGCUGAAAGGAGUGGUGAAAGAGAAUUUGCUGCUGGUUUAGCUCAAAGUGGUAUAUAAUUUUGUAGAAGUAUUGAACUUUUUUAACUUCCCUGCAGGAAAGCAGGAGAUAAUGUGAAAGGCAAGUAAAACUACACGUGUAUUUUAUAUCUUAUUUGCAUCAGUUAGACUCAGGUAUUCUGACUGAAAGCUGCUUUCAGCUUUUCAGAGAUUGGACACUGGGAAAGCUUGUAAGCAUAUUAGGUAUCAGCUUCCUUCUGUCCCUUCCUGUUCAGAUAUCACAUCACGGUUUUUGUUGACUCAAAACAAGCUUACAGCUGUACAGCAAAGUUCUUGUUAUUCAUAAUUUCUUGGACCAUGGAGAAAUUGUCAGUUAUUUUUUUCCUUAGGAGUACAGUGGGUAUUUUCAGCAGUAGUGUUAAAAGCAGACAGUCUACAGCAGUUCUAGGUCCCAGUAGAAUUGGAGAAAUUAAUUUCAGUUACUUGAAGACAAAGUAGACCAGGUUUUUUAAGAAUCUUAUAGGAGCCCUGGGAUCUUUCAUUUUAAUAUGUGCACACGUACAGAUUUUAAGCCAUGAAUUUGGAAAUGAGCUUUUUAGAGUGCUUUUCCUUUUGGAUUUGGACUUGGACAGUCCUGUAUUCAUGGAUAAGAUCUCAGAAAUAUGAUUGUUCAUAUUUCCAGAAGAGGUUGGUCUCACUGAAAGUCUCUUUCCCCCAUGGGAGUGGGUGUCAUGGGCAGGGCCAGGAGCUGCAGUCCCCACUAAAUCCAGGGGUCACUCGCUGUUAAUGGAGCUGACUGAAUUUGACUCUAAUUGUUCAUUUUCCAGUGGCUAAGGGAGGUAUUUUAUAGUAAUUGUAACCUUUGAUUUGUAAAGUAAGAUGCAUCUUUAUUUGUUUUAUGCUGAUCCAUUCUGUUUGGUGGAGUUACAAGUUACUCUUGGGACCACUAUUUAAGUCUUUUAUAUAAUAUUGAUCAUUCUAUGUACUAAUGGAACUGGACAAAUUUUAGGAAUUAUUUAAAUGCACAUUCUUCUGUCAUCAGAGGGACCCUCUCCUGGGAUUGACAGGACAUAACUAGUCAGUGCAGAAUGUUAAUGUUCCUCCUGUUCUCAUGCCAGCAGUAACUCUGAGAACAAGCUUCUCACUUACAAGUGCAGUGAAAUCCAGUCACUAUGGCCUUUGGCUACACAACCGAUUUGCUGCCAAGGCUUCUGUUUUCUUUGGCACAACAAUAAAUAAGGAUAGUGCAGUGGAAAUGUGGAAGGAAGCACCUUCAGUUUUUUUGUUCAUGAAGCAGGCUUGUGCUGCUGAGGAGCUGAGUUUGGGCUAAAAGCUAAAGGCUUAAAAUUGGAGACUAAAGAAAAAAAAGUUCAGUGACACUACCCAGGUCCUGCUGACCUGUGUUGCUUUGGCCUUGUGCCUUUGAACAAAGUGAAUUUUGAACCUUUAAUUAUGAGUGUGUUACGGAUUGUAAAACUUUCAGGGUUUGGUGUUUCACUGGAGAGCUGCCUGACUGAGGCAAGAGAGAUUUCUUAGAAAAUGGAAUAUAUAUAAAUGCUUACCAAAAAUCUUCUGGUUUUGAAGUUGUACACAAGUCUUAAUGUAAUCGAUUCUACAAAUGGGACUGUGGGAGUCUAUGUGAUACUUUUUUUGCCUUAUGAUUGGCUUGAGAGUAGUAAUUAAUUUCCUAAUGAUUUGAAGGAGAGAAGAAUAAACUGUCACUUCCCCAAA